AUGGACCUCAGCCGCCAGCUACCACCCACCGAAUUCAUUUCUGAUAGUGGCUCAAAGUCAUCGCCUCAAGAAUCUCGCGAAAUUUGUAUAGAUAAUGCUUUGGAUGCUUAUUUUGUGUUCAAACAACUAGGGACUAUUCGACACCUUCUUCUCGAUCCAGCCAUCGACCAAAACGCUGAUGUGAACAAGGGAGACUCGGGCCAAGCUGAUCAACUCCACACGGAAGAGCCAGAUUCAGUUGCAUGGUCGAGCAAAAUGACACAACUUUUUUGGCCAAAUUGCGAAAUAUAA